AUGAAUCAUUGUCAUGCGUAAGACACGUAUAGGAUACGUCAUCCAUAGAAAUAAAGAAGAUGGCGAUGGACUGUUGCGGGCGGUUUGGAAAGGUGUUUUUAAUAUCCAUCAAUAUUAUUUUCUUGUUACUUGGUAUAGGAUUAUCAAUAACAGGAAUACUCGCCAGGAUCAACGCAUUACCCAACGAAAUUUUACCUGCUCUAGACACAGUGCAGGUGGCUGGGAACAAUAUGGCGGAUCUCUUCAAAAAUAUUUCUAUCCUGGUGGCUAUCCUCGGGGCUUGCGUGACGUUGGUAGCAGGUUUAGGACUCUUUGGAGCAUGUUGUGAAGUGAAGUGUUUGCUAAUUACGUACGCCAUCCUAGUGUUGAUCUUCCUCGUAAUGAAGAUUGCAGCCAUAGUGGUCUGGUUUCAAUUAAAAGACGAAUUAAAUCCUUCGACUAAGGAUAAGUUACUGGAGGUACUACAGAAGAAUUUCAUAGACGAUUCUUUAAACAGUACCAGCAAAAUAUCCAACGCAUGGAAUCUUGUAUUUCUGAUGUUGGAUUGUUGUGGCGUGAAUCCUGUUGAAGGGAGUACAAAUGACUUUGACUUGACUCCGUGGUGUACAACUAAUGGUACCUGCCAUCGGACAAAUGCACAGAUACCACGAAGCUGCUGCAAUGGAGUGGAUGAAACCAACUUUACAAAGGCUUCUCGUAGUUGCUUCUUCAACGUCUCUAACUACCAUACCCAGGGUUGUUUUGAGAGACUUCAAGAGCUGAUAAAGACUUAUUCAACACCUGCGAUUGGUAUCUUGUUUACGGUAGUCAUAAUCAUGCUCUUGGCUGUCGUGUGUGCCUUUGUCCUAUGUAACCAGACGGGGUCCAAGUCUAACGUAGUGUAACUUCCAUUCUGCAUUGAGGAGGAUAGCAUAAAGAAGAACAGCGAAUCCCGGAAAUAAACCCUUGUGUUUAGAAUGAAAUCAGGUGACAUCGCAUCAGAACCAUCUUCACAAUUGAGUAGUGGGGGCUGUGUAUGUACGUGGGACCGGUUUAUGUACAGUUUUAACUACCUUACUGGAAUAAGUGACUCUUUUUAUAGUGAUUCAGGUGAUUUUUAUGAUUGAGUCCUUGUAUGUGCAAGCUUAAGACUUUAUGAGUAAAUGUGGAGAAUGUUGAAAUAGCAAGUUAUCAUUUUCAUCAUGUCUGUCUGAAAUGUGGACGUUUGAAUUAAUGGUUGACAUGUAUCGAUCUAGUCCAUCAUCCUGUGUCGGCUUUUGAACAUGUUUAUGUAUCUACAGAGUCAAUGUCAACGGAGAGGACUUAAUACACACACACACACACACACACACACACACACACACACACACACACACACAAUAUAUAUAUAUAUAUAUAUAUAUAUAUAUAUAUAUAUAUAUAUAUUUCUGCAGGUCAUAACUCUGUUGUGGAUAUGAUCGUCACUUUCAAUCAAUAAAAAACUCAGACAUUUAGUUGUUCAGAGUUUUAAUGAAAGAUUCUCUCGUUUCCCCGUACUUUCUCAAUUUUAUACGUCAUUCGUAGAUGAUUCGUAUUAUGGUACAUGUAUGACGCAGUGUGUCUGUCCGACCUUGUGAGUAACAAACAGUAUUGAUAAGGCUAAGAUCGUCAAACUUGGUACAUAUGAAGAAAAAAACAACAUAAUCGUUUGUCAAGGUCGUGGAUCAAAGUUAGUAAACUAAUGAGCAACUCUAUAGGCAGAAAGAGAGCUACAUGUAUAUAUAUAUAGGAGAAACGGUAGUAAUAAAACUAAGAUGGGCGAAACGGUAGCAAUAAAACUAGAUACUGUAAUCAAGAUUAGAGGAAGAAGUCUAAUGUUUAUCAAAGUUCAUGGAUAAUUCUAUAAGCACAAAACAAUAUAGGUGGUAGUGUUUAUUUGUGCCUUUCUGUUGCCUACAAUGUAUGUUCAUUUGCCAGCACCUUAUGAGAAAGAUAAGACUUGGGUAAUCAAACCUAAUACACACGCUCCCCAUGAAGACAGUAAGGUGCUUGUUAUAUGUCAAGGUCAGUAUCAUUGAUAAACAUAACGAAAAACAGUGCUAUUAAGGUUGGGAUCAUCAAACUUGGACAAGUUAGUUACGCCUGUAAAUGCAGUUCGUGUAGUUUGUUCAGAAGUUUGCUUUAAUAAAAAAAAAAUGCUUGAGAUUUUGCUACAGGUGUGAAUGUUUAUGAAAAUUAUAUGAUUUAAUCUUUUGCACGUUCAUUUGUCUUUACUCUGUCUUACUUUUUCACAUUGCUAUAGGUUCUGUUGUUGUAUUGAAAUUCUUACAUGUAAUAAAUGCCAAUCUGUUAUUUU